UCACAAGCAGAGGCCGCGCCCUGGUCUGCCUCGUGCCUUCAUAAAUACGACCCCGCCCUUCGCCAUUCCCAGUCGCGCCUCCCACCGCUCCACUCCCUGUGCCGCCGCUGCUGUUGCCACUCGCCUGCCUGGUGCGCUGCACUGACUCUGACAGCACUCAGGGAGAGAGAUGGCGGCGAUGCCGGCGCUCCUGCUGCUGCUGGUGGCCGCGGCGAUGAUGCUCUCCCCAGCGUCCGCCCGCAUUCCCGGCGUGUACGGCGGCGGCGGCUGGCAGAGCGCGCACGCCACGUUCUACGGCGGCAGUGACGCCUCGGGCACCAUGGGCGGCGCGUGCGGCUAUGGCAACCUGUACAGCCAGGGGUACGGCGUGAACAACGCGGCGCUGAGCACGGCGCUGUUCAACGAGGGUCUGAGCUGCGGCGCGUGCUUCGAGCUCAAGUGCGAGAACCAGCCCGGGUGGCGGUGGUGCCGCCCCGGGAGCCCCUCCAUCCUGGUGACGGCCACCAACUUCUGCCCGCCAAACUACGCGCUCCCCUCCGACGACGGCGGCUGGUGCAACCCGCCACGCCCGCACUUCGACCUCGCCAUGCCCAUGUUCCUCCACAUCGCCGAGUACCGCGCCGGCAUCGUCCCCGUCUCCUACCGCCGGGUGCCAUGCCGGAAGUCAGGCGGCGUGCGGUUCACCAUCAACGGCUUCCGGUACUUCAACCUGGUGCUGAUCACGAACGUGGCCGGCGCGGGUGACAUCGUGCGCGCGAGCGUGAAGGCGUCCAGCACCGGGUGGCUGACCAUGUCCCGGAACUGGGGCCAGAACUGGCAGUCCAACGCCAUCCUCGUCGGCCAGGCGCUCUCCUUCCGCGUCACCGGCAGCGAUCGCCGCACCUCCACAUCCUGGAACGCCGCCCCGCGCAACUGGCAGUUCGGCCAGACCUUCGAGGGCAAGAACUUCAGGGUCUGAUGAGGUCAUGUCAAAUUCCACCGCGAGUGAGAAAGAAGAAGCCAAGAAGGUCUUCUUCUUAUACAUAAUUAUUACUACUAAGUAUACCUAGUGAUUAAGAGCGUGUUAGGGUGGGAAUGUCCGUGAAUGCCCCUUUAAGGCCACCACGUCUUCUCGCCUUAAUUCGAUGUCCAAGCUAAGUCCUCUGAAAAAAAGGAGUUUUUGCUUCUGAACAUGGGGGGCAAAAGGGUCGGUUAGGGUAUAUUGCUGUCUAGCUGGUCCCUUAGUACUCGACUACUCCAUUAGUGUGUGGUUAUGGAUCAUGUUUUGGCUUGGGCCUUUGGGGAGGUGAUGGACUUCUGUCGAAACUAAAGAGUGGCUGAAGUGGCUGCCAAGCUGCAGCUCAAAAUUGGGGGGCGGUGAGCGUAGCCCGCAGCUGCUCGUCUUGUCCUUCCGUCCCGUGUCUUUCUCCAUGAAGUGGCUAGCCUUUGUUAUCUCAUUAUUAUCAUGGACCUGAUUUUCAUUGCCAGUAAGUAAGGUGAUUGAACGUGUAAGAAAGUUUCUUUUCUUGCUGC